AUGGCUGACCAGAAGUAUGCGGCGGCACUGGACGUAGGCACAUCGUCGGUACGGUUCAUUGUUUUCCAGCACGACGGGACGGUGGCGGCGUCUGUGGCGCAAGAGGUGCCGACGGCGACGCCACAGCCCGGGUGGGUGGAGCAAGACGCCGAGGCGGUGCUGCAGGCGUGCGUGGCGGUGAUGGCGGCGGGCGUGGCGGCGGCCGAGGCCGAGGCCAGCAUUGCUCCCGAAGCCAUUGGCUGCGUCGGCGUGACCAACCACCGCGAGUCGACGGUGGCAUGGUCGGCCGCCAGCGGGCAGCCUCUGGCGCCGAUGAUCAUCUGGUCCGACGUGCGGACGGCAGCCAUUGUCGACCGCAUUGCCGCCGAGGCUGGCGGCGAGCGCGCCCUGGCCGCCAUCACCGGCCUUCCCAUGUCGACCUACUUUUCGGCCUUUAAGAUGCGCUGGCUGCUGGAGAAUGUGCCGGCCGUGGCCGACGCCGCCGCCGACGGUGACCUGCGCCUCUCCACCGUCGACGCCUUUGUCAUCGCCCGGCUGACAAGCGGCGAUGUGUACGUGUCCGAUGUGACCAACGCGUCGCGGACGUGUCUUAUGGACCUGUCAAGCCUCAAGUGGUCGUCGGAGGCACUGGAGCUGUUUGACCUCCCACCGACUGCCCUGCCUACCAUUGUGUCCUCGGCCGAGGAAUACGGCCGCAUUGACCCGGCCGUCGUGCCGGAUCUUGCUCACGUCCCGCUCGCCGGCUGCCUCGGCGACCAACAAGCGGCACUGGUUGGCCAACGGUGCUUUGCUGCAGGUCUCGCCAAGAACACGUACGGUACCGGCUGCUUCAUGCUCCUCAAUGUUGGCACCACGCCGCGGUUCUCGUCGGCCGGCCUCCUCGGCACCGUUGCCUACCAGCUCGGCCCAGACGCGCCGGUCCACUACGCGCUUGAGGGCUCGGUCGCUGUGGCAGGCCUCGGUGUGCGUUGGGCGCGCGACAACCUCGGCAUCAUCGACUCGCCGAAGCAGAUCAACGAGCUCGCGACGGCGGUGGACGACACCGCCGGGGUCGUCUUUGUGCCGGCCUUCUCGGGCCUUUUGCGCCGCACUGGACUCCGCACGCUCGCGGCCCACAUUGCACGUGCUAUUCUCGAGGCGCCGUGCUUCCGCACUGCCGAGGUGCUGGUGGCCAUGGCUGCCGACGCGCCCGACGUGGCCCUCUCCUCGCUGCGGGUCGACGGCGGCAUGGCCGCCUCAGACUUGCUCCUCCAGACCCAAGCCGAUCUCAUCGGGAUCCCGGUUGAGCGCCCAGCCAUGCUGGAGACGACUGCGCUCGGCGCCGCCUUUGCCGCCGGCCUCGCCACCGGUGUUUGGGCCUCGCCCGACGCCUUUGCAGCCGCCACCGAGUCACAGCUGACUAUUGUUGCACCGAGCUACGCCGAAACCGACUCGGUCGCUGUGGCGGCGAUUGCUUCACGCAAGGCCGCAUGGACCCACGCCGUGGCGCAGGCCAAACUUCCGGCCGACUAUGACGAGGCCGCUUCCGACGCGAUCAAGGCCCAGCUCGCCGACCAGAUCGAAGUUGCCCAGGCACUGCAGCUUCUCCUCGCCUCCGAGUCGGAGGCUAACAACGAGUACGCUAUGACCAAGGUGCCCGAGCUCGAGGCCCAGGUUGCCGCCGCCCGCCGCGAGGCCGACGCCCUCCGCUCACAGGUCGCCACCGCCGACGCCUCGGCCCGCGAGGUGACUGCCGCCAAGUCUGAGCUUGAGGCCCGCCUUGAGGUCGAGGUCAAGAACGUGGCCCAGCUGACCGGCCAGGUCGAGGCCCAGAGCCAGGUCCUCGCCGCCCUUGCCGCACGCUACAAGGCGCUCGAGAAGGAGGCUGGCGAGCACCGGACAGCAGCUGCCGACGCCGCCGCCGCCGUCGAUCGCAUGACUGCCGAGCUGGAGACCGCCGCCAGGGCCGUCCACUCGGCCAACAAGGACGUGGUCUCACACGCCGCUCUCGCCGCUGCCGCGCACACCCGCGCCCUCGUUGCGCUCGGUGGCCUCGGCGUCGCCCUCACCGCAGGCCUCGGCCUCUUCCUCCGCUUCCGCCGGUAGCGCAGCAGGUCUUUGUUCGUAAAAUGACAUCAUGCUGCCC